AUGGUGAUAGGAGUUGGAAAUAAUACAGUGCAGUAUGAAGAUAAUUUACCAAAUCUUGUGACAAGUUACUCCAGAGAUCCUCUAAAUCUGAAGUUAGAAUCACAGCAUUUAAACAUAGAGUCUAGACAGAAAUCUGAUAGAAGAUUUCUUACAUACAGACCUUGCAAAAGCAAAUGGGAUCCACGGAUGCUACUACCAAAGAAUCCCUGGCCACCUAAAUAUGCUUCAUUUACGAGGCACAGACAGCAGCAUGGUGCUCACACUGUGUUCUUGGAUCACGUGGAUUAA